AAGAAAUUCGCCGCUCUGCGACUGAACAGAGACGAAAGAGAGAGCUCAGAGAAAGUACCCCGAGGUACAUUGAUUGUUGAAGCCGGACUACAAGCUUUAAUCGAAUCGUGAAACCAAAAUUUCCGCCGGAUUUGGUCCUAAUAUACGUGAGCUUUAAUUUACUGGCGCGCUUUAGACCUGCGCUGUUCAGAUUUAUGAGUGUGGAUAAGUUUCCUAGCUUGCUAACCUGACUCACUAGCCUAUAAAUAAACAAACAAACACGGCGUUUCUUCAUGUUUAUCGCUCCCACGAAAAGAACCCCAAAGGAUAAAUAAACCAAAUGUACAAUUAAAGGCUGGAUAUGGUGCACAAAUAGUCGCUCGUCCGUAAGAACCGAAGUAAAUCCUCGGCGUCGGCUUGAUAAGUUUAGCCAGUUUGCUAAUGAGAUGCUCCUCUCUGUCAAUUAACGAUUCCACCUGGAGUGACAAGCGAUAUCCGAAUCCCCCUUCAACACCGUCGAUAGAGCAACUUUAUUUUUAUGCAGGAAACUUCAUCCGCGUCCAUUCUGAAAUCUGGACUGACUCCGGCAUCUCUUGUAGUUUGGUAUAGGACAGGUAGCCAGAAGCUAGCUAACUGAGGUAACCCGGCGGGGACCGAGAAGGUGCUGUGACACCGUUUCAAAUAUCAGGUGCCCAGAGCGUCUGGUAUUGGGGCUUCACUUCAGUUGGACCAGCCACCACAGUCAUGGAGAAGGACGAAAAUGGUGAAAACUUGGUGGACCCAAUCAAGGACUCAGUAAUGACCUCUGCCUAUAGGUAUACCAAGGAAGAGCUUAUGGAAAUCAAAGAAUUGCCCAUUUCCAAUGAGAGGCCAGAGUGUCUUUCAGAGAAAUAUGACAGCGACGGCGUCUGGGACCCUGAAAAAUGGCAUGCUUCACUAUAUCCCUCUUCAGAAUCCAGCUGUCCUGCUGAAGGAUACAAGAAAGAUUACGUAGAUGAAAGAGUCCCACUUAAAAGAAGAAUUGCAGAUCCCCGGGAACGUGUAAAAGAUGAUGAUCUAGAGGUGGUUCUGAGUCCACAACGUCGUAGUUUUGGUGGUGGCUGUCAAGUUGCACAAACCGCCCUUCCUCGCCGACCCACCAGCCCUCUGGAGAACAAAGAAAAUGAGUCACUUCGUUUGGGGGGAGCACGACGCAUCGGCAGUGGCCGGAUCAUGGCAUCACGCGUUUUUGAGAGGGAUGCACGGGUUGACAAAGAGAGGGAACGAGACAGAGAGCGUGACUUCAAGGACAAGCGAUUUAGGAGAGAUUUUGGGGACAAAAGAGUGUUCAGCGAGAGAAGAAGAAAUGACUCCUAUGCAGAAGAGGAGCCAGAGUGGUUCUCUGGUGGACCCACUAGUCAGUCUGAGACCAUUGAGCUUAUUGGCUUUGAUGACAAAAUCUUGGAGGAUGACAAACGGAGGACCAAACGUUCCAAGAAGAGGCCAGAGUCCGUUAAAGAAGUUGAAUGCAAUGGUGGGCUUUCAGACGGCCCUGAAGUAGUUCGGGAGUCAGGAGCUGAUCAAGAGGUUCCACAUGCUGAGCUUCUUCCUGAGCAAACCCCUGGAGAUUUUGACUUCAAUGAGUUCUUCAAUCUUGAAAAGACCAUGCCUGGUCUGGCUUCGAUGAUUGAAGAUGUUCUUGCUGAUGGUCCAGUCAGCCGUUUUAGCCGCUGGUUCUCCAGUAACAGAAGCCCCUCUGGCAGCCGCUCCAGCAGUCUGCGUUCCACACCACAUGAGGAGUUGGAGAGAUUGGCAGGUCUCGAUCCCCAUACUGGAUCUCUGAAUCAGGGUACAUCUUUGUACUUCACCCCUAUCUCUUCAGCGGAACACAAGGAGAAGGUGGACAUACUGGAGCUGCUGCAUAAAGCCAAUAUUGACCUGAAACCUCUCUUGUCCAGCCUGAAUGUUAACAAGGCUCACCUAAAGGAGAGCACGAGUUCAGGUGUGGCGUUGUCUCUAGAGGAGGUAGAGGUGGGUCUGAAAGGACUGAAGGUGCAGCCUGAACCGGCUCCAUUACCUCAAAGACAGUCCAGUGGAGGUGGUGGAACUCCUUUCAUGGCGGAGCACCUGGAAGAGGCUCUGACAGGUGGAACCAAGACUACAGCACGACCACGAGACUCUGAUAUGUCCGCAUUUAAUAAAUUAGUCAACACCAUGAAGGCAAGUGGAACUCUGCCCACCCUCCCAAAAGCCAGUGGGACCAAUCAGCAGCAGUCAGUGGAUCCUGUUCUUGUGUCCUUGACGGAGGCGCAGGUACCUGCAUCUCAGCAGAAAAACAUCUUUCAGGAAUUGUUGGUUACCCCCCAUGGCCCUGUUCCUGUACCAGGCCUCAUACACCACCGUGCUUCACCCCCACUCUUCCCACAGAGAUCACCGAUGCAGGACUUUUUCCCAGGCAUGUCACCUGCAACAGGGUUCCAUGGUGGUCCGCAAACAGUGUUGGAUCAAAUUCCAGACUUGCACCGUGCCAGGAAUACACAACCGAUGAGAGCUUUGCCAAUGGGAGUGGACCAGGCCAAUCUGGAAGCUUUGUUUCAGCAGGAUUUGGCAGUUCUUAACCGCCCACAGUACCAACAAGCCUACAACAAACAGGCUCAUGAUAAGAUGUUUCGCAACAGACCAACUCGGAUGAACCGUUCACCUGUUCCUCACCUGCCUGGCCGGACAUCACCUGGCAGUACAGUUACAAGUGUCUUGUCUCCAUCCUUCACUCCCACCUCUGUGAUCAAAAAAAUGUACGAGUCAAAAGAGAAGAGUCGAGAUGAUCUUGGGAGUAGACCAGGAAGCAAAGAGGAGACUGUGAACUCUCAUAACUCACAGGAUGAUGGACCUCCGUCUCCCAGUUCCUUCCUGGAAGAUGUGGACACCAGUGGUCCUCAAACUGGUGGGGUAAAAGCCUGCUCCACCCCUGUUCCCACUCAAAACCGCCAUAGCAAAGACCCAGAGCGACCCAGGCCUCCAUCGGUAACAGGCCCCCACACUCCCACCAUGCUGUCCCCAGGGCCAUCGUCUCCUUUCCCCAGACCCCAGAUGUAUCCGGUCCCUCUGCUUCCUCACGUCCCCUUGGUCAGACCUCCACCCCAGCUUCACCCCGGCGUGAUGCAGAGGAUGCUGGCUCAGGGCAUCCAGCCUCAACAGCUCGGACCCACAUUAUUACAAACAGGCAUGUUUCCUCAGGCUGUAGACCUGUCUCAGCUUCAGGGUUUGCCUCCAGCACUUUUAGGACAGCCUCUGUAUCCACUUGGUCCUGCAGGACAUCCGCUCAUGGCCCCCAGAGCUGCAGGAACACACGUGCAGUUAGCAGUCAUGCAACAUCAGCUACAACAGCAGCAGAGACCCAAUCUCCAUGUGGCUUCCUCAGGAGGCCCCCAGAGCCACGGUCCCCAUCGGACAAACCAGCGGAGAGGUGCAAGUCCCCCUCUGGGCCUGGCCAAGUGGUUUGGUUCAGACAUGCUGCAGCAGCCUCUCCCUUCCAUGCCUUCCACUAAAGUGAUCAGUGUUGACGAGCUCGAGUUCCGCCAGUGAUGACAAUCCUCUGACCAAUCAGCAGGAGUGAAGCAACACAAACCUUCCCUUCCCCAUGAUCCUCUAGUCAGAGAUAUGUGAACUUUUUGAUUUCUACCAUUAUGUACAGAUGUCAGAGCCCCGUCUAUUUUUUUUUUCUUUUUCUGUGCUCUGUCGGAAUCCCUUGCAGUUUUGUUUAUUCUUUAAGAAGGCCUGAAGUUGAGAGGGAAAAUGUAUUUUUCCUGCCGCUGUCACGAAGUAAUGUAGUGAUGUUUUGUUCUUUUGGAGAUUUCAGAUUUUGCAGUAAAGUAAAUAAUGUAUAGGCCUGAAUUGUACAGAUUAUGGGAAUUGAUUUUCUUCCAUCUUGUACAUAGAAGUAACUUCCUUUUUGAUUUUCCUUCUGUGCUUGUGGGGAAGGUUCUCCUGCUGUUGGGGAACAGAAAACCUGCUCUUUGUCCAGUCACACAAUGUCUGCACAAUGUUUUCCAUGUAAGGUUGAUUAUGAAUGGGAGGCACUGCUGGUUUGUUGGUAAGAUGUUCUCAUUGGUAGCAGUUUAAUACAUCCCGGAUCCAGAGAUGCAGGCCCUUAACUUUUGCUGGAAUAUUGAAGCCAGAAUGUUCUCAGAGGGGACACUCUUCCACCCCAAGAAGCAAAUGCUAGUUGUGCCUUUGUUUCCUUUAUUUUUUUUUUAUUAUUAUUAAAGAGAUAAAACCCUCCCAUCCUCCUCUAGCCAGUCUUCUUAGUCACUGUAUGAGAAGCACUGCUCUGAAUCACAUUUGUUUUAGGGUGGCAGGGGUUCGCAAUUAAGUAAUGUGCUAUUAAUUUAAGAAGCACAAAUAGUUAAUAAAUAUAAAAAAAAGAAAUAAAAAAUCAUUCACAUAA